ACGAGACUCCUGAAGGAGAGCGCGGAGAGAGAGCUGCUGUGGAGGGAAGCGUUAGCGGUGUUAGCUCCGUGUUAGCUCCGUGUUAGCUCCGUGUUAGCUCCUCUCUGUCUCUCUGGUUCAGUGGUUAGUUCCUCUCUCAGCAGCAGAGCAGCAUCUGACUGGAGCUGCUGUUAUCAGGGGUAUCAGUGACUGUAGUCCUCCGGCAGUAGAGUCAGUAGAGUCAUCAGUAGCUUUAGUAGAGUCAGUAGCUUUAGUAGAGUCAGUAGAGUCAGUAGCUUUAGUAGAGUCAGUAGAGUCAGUAGCUUUAGUCAGUAGUGGUUGUGAUCAGUCCUCCGUCAGUAGAGUCAUCAGGUUGUGAUCAGUCCCUUGUCGUCAUGGCCUACCAGUUGUACCGGAACACCACUCUGGGGAACAGCCUGCAGGAGAGUCUGGACGAGCUGAUACAGACUCAGCAGAUCACUCCUCAGCUGGCUCUUCAGGUCCUCCUCCAGUUUGAUAAAGCCAUCAACACGGCGCUCGCCAACCGUGUCCGCAACAGAGUCAACUUCAGGGGCUCUCUCAACACCUACCGGUUCUGUGACAACGUGUGGACGUUCGUCCUCAACGACGUGGAGUUCAGGGAGGUCACGGACCUCGUGAAGGUUGACAAGGUCAAAAUUGUUGCCUGUGACGGAAAGAGCGAGUCGACCCAGAACAAAAGUGAUAAAUGAUAAGACUCCAGCAGUGAGGACGGUCUCUCUGGGUGUGUUGGUGUCAGACGGAUGAUGAUAAUGAUGGACCUGGACUGUACAUAUAAUGACAAGUGUGUGUGAGUGUGAGUGCCUGUGUGUGAGUGUGAGUGUGCGUGUGUCUGCAGCAGUGUGUUUUAUUAUCAUCAGUUAUCAAGAGAUCUUUGUGUUGAGGUUGCUGUUAUUGUUAUUGUUAUUAUUAUUAUUAUUGAGCUGAUCGUCUUUAAUAAAAACUUUAUUUAAAAUCACA